AAUCAGAUUUUACUUAUGAUCUAUUUAUAAAUCGUUACCUAAAUUCCCUUCACAUUUUCAGAUCGGAUACAGAUACAACACUGACUGAAUUUUGCAAACCUGAAUUAUCAUCCUUUUUUAAUUUAAUAUUUAAUUUGUUUGUAUACAAACGGUGCUUGUGGUCAUUAGUUCUUUUAGAAGUGUCGGGACAACAAUAAGGCGAUGCAGCAGCCUUUUUUUAAUUUAUUUUAUUGACCGUAAUUCUUUUCUUUUUCAAUCAGUAUUAUGGCAUCGCUAAAACUUAAAGAGGUGUUUUGUGUCGUGUAUUCCAUUUUACUGUUUGUGUCAGGCGUUUUACUUAUAGCUUUUUCAGUAUUUUUAGCUUAUAAACUGUUUUAUCAUUUCAAGUUUGUGUCUAGUGGAUGUAUUGGACCAUUUAUUGUAAUAUUUUUAUUGGGUUUCAUUCACCUUUUACUGACAUGGCUUGGCAUCAAAGGACCUGCCAGAGAACACGAUUUUCACAUUUACCUGUUCAUUGCUAUAACAAUUAUCCUAGCAAUCAUAGAAUUUACGGUAGGUGUUUGGUCGAUGAUAUUGUGGGGUGAGGUGCGAACAGAAUCGACAAAUUUACUAACCGAAUCUUUUGAUGAAAUGAUAAAAAUUGAUUACAACAAGAAGGAGUGGGUGCGACUCCAAAGUCAGUUAAAAUGUUGUGGUUUAAAUGGAAGCCAUGAUUAUGCCGUGAAAGAUUCUUAUCCGAAGGCUUGUUCGAAUUUAGAUCUCUCGAAUGGAACGUUUCAAUUAUUAUACGAGGACGGAUGCAGUAAAAGACUCAUUAAAUACGUAAAAACCAUUAUGGUUGAAGGUGCUUCAAUGGGAUUUCUAUCUUGUGCCUUUCAAGGUUUCGGAGUGUUUAUUUUUUACAUUUUCAUUAAAGAACUAAAACAAGAAAGAUCAAGGAGGAUUGCCAAAAGAUUGCAAUUACAGAGGGAAGCUGCAGCUGCUGCUGGACAACAAACUCCUGCACCACUUCCAUCAUAACACCACUGUAUUAUUUAUUUUUGUACAAUAGGACAAAUAAUGAUCUGAG